ACUCCUUAUUUUUUCUUUCGGACACACCCGAGUUUCCUUGGAGUCCCCUAACCAAGAAAAGAAAGAAGAAAUGGCUGCCACGUGCUACGACGGCAUUUGAGUACUGAGUCGUUUCGACGGCGAACGAAUAGAAACGUUGCAGAGGCACGACGGAGCCACCUAUCUAUCUAUCCCAACGGGUUAUGGGCUGCACUCAAUACUGUACUUACUCGUAACGCCGGCCGCACAUGAGAGAUGCGCACAAACCCGUCCUACUUCUCCGCAUCUCGCUAGUCUGCGCCCUCGUCGCCUCACGUGCGCCGGUGGCGCAUCCUCCCACCACCGCCACUCAACCAAACGACGAGGUCGGAAAUUUCUCGGAGAUCGACGGCGGCGGUCGAAGAAACAUCUUGGUCAUGUCCAAAGCUCGAGUCUACGCGGACGUCAACGUUGUUCGCCCCAGAGAGUACUGGGAUUACGAGUCGCUCACUCUUCAGUGGGGUGACCAAGACGACUAUGAGGUUGUACGGAAAGUUGGAAGGGGAAAAUACAGUGAAGUUUUUGAAGGCAUAAAUGUGAACAACAAUGAGCGUUGCGUAAUCAAAAUCCUAAAGCCUGUGAAGAAGAAAAAGAUAAAGAGAGAAAUCAAAAUACUUCAGAACCUUUGCGGGGGCCCAAACGUGGUAAAACUCCUUGACAUUGUCAGAGAUGAGCACUCCAAAACUCCUAGCUUGAUAUUUGAGCAUGUGAACAGCACAGAUUUCAAAGUUCUGUACCCUACAUUGACGGAUUAUGACAUACGUUACUAUAUAUAUGAGCUCCUCAAGGCAUUAGAUUAUUGUCACUCUCAAGGUAUAAUGCAUAGAGAUGUCAAACCUCACAAUGUUAUGAUAGACCACGAGUUGCGAAAACUUCGCUUGAUAGAUUGGGGUCUUGCGGAAUUUUAUCAUCCUGGCAAGGAAUAUAAUGUUCGUGUUGCUUCAAGAUACUAUAAGGGACCUGAACUUUUAGUUGAUCUGCAAGAUUAUGAUUAUUCUUUGGAUAUGUGGAGCCUUGGCUGCAUGUUUGCUGGAAUGAUAUUUCGCAAGGACCAUUUCUUUUAUGGACAUGACAACCAUGAUCAGCUCGUCAAAAUUGCAAAGGUACUUGGGACAGACGAAUUAAAUGCAUACCUGAAUAAAUAUCAUUUGGAGCUUGAUCCUCAACUCGACGCCCUUGUUGGGAGGCACAGUAGAAAGCCCUGGUCCAAAUUUAUUCACGCAGAUAAUCAACAUAUUGUGUCUCCUGAGGCUAUUGAUUUUCUUGACAAGCUUCUUCGUUAUGACCAUCAGGAUAGGCUUACAGCAAAAGAAGCAAUGGCUCAUCCGUACUUUUCUCAGGUCAGGGCUGCUGAGAAUAGCAGGAUGAGGACACAUUAGCGUCCGUGUUCUUGCAGGCCAAACGCAAAACCAAAGUCUGUAAUAUAAGGAGUUCAUGAACUCUAUCCAGUUUUUUACCCAAAUGAUCAUUUGGGUAUUUGAAGUUGGAUAUGAUUUACAGUCGUGAUUGUUCUUCUAAGCAUUUGAGCUCAUCUUUUUGUAAAUAUUAGUUUUAUCCGCAUAACAAUUCAGAUGGUGUUAUAGGACAUCCAGGGUGGCCGAAAUGGUUGCCUCGGUACUCUUGAAAAUAAAUUGAAUGUUCGCAGAACUGUAUGGUGUAAGUUAUGGAAGAGUUGUCUUGGUUGAUGA